UAUAUUCAGGCUGUUGUGUACUAAGCCAUUAGGCUUAUUUUGACUGAACACUUCUGUCUGUAACCACGAUACACGAGAGGUCAGAUAUAAUAGUAAACCAUGAACGUUGCAUGUAGUAAUCUAUUGAGGCACGUGAUCGUAUCGACACGGAAAGACAUAAGUAGACGUUUUCAAACAUUUUCACCGCUCAAGUACCAAGUAAAAUCCAUAAGGGCGACCAAGGCCCCUUCGGAAGAUAUGUUGAGGGUGUGGGGCGCACUUCGUCAGGACGGUCAAGUCAGACCAAGUGACAUGGACACCUUCAACUCAUUGGGGAAGACAACUAAAGGAUCGAAGCAGUUGGAAAUAUUCAGGAAACGAUUGAAACAUGAACCAGUGUUGAUGGACAGACAACCGAUUUUCGGAGAUUUUAUGGUUGCCCAGGUACCGUCGAUUUUGAAACCAGCACCAACAAAUUUUCCGAUAACAGCGACAAAAAAGAUGAUGCGAAGAUUAAAGACAAAACAUUUACAAACGAAAGAAGACAGUAUAAACCAAUUAACAUUUACAGUGUAGGAUCGAAGUAGGCUGUAAUAAGUUAGAUAUAUUUUGUACUGUUAAGAUAUUUAAAGAUGAUGUAAGUUUCAUUCUAAAAUGUAAAUUAUUUAUUUUACAACAAUUGCAAAAUGAGUAAUAUCAACUGGUAUUAAUCACUCUUGUUGGCCCGGAUGGAAGCGCGCGAGGGAUCUUACUGGGGAAGAAAACCAGGGAAUACGGAGAAAACCCACGUGAUCGGGCAGGUGACCACAUACUUAUUCAGUCUGAUCGGGGAACCGAAGCCUGACCGCCUAGGUGAAUGAUAAGUGUGCAAUUCUAUCUUACAAGGAAGUUUCACGAAUAUUUCAACACGUUGUGUGAAAUAGUACAUGCAUAGGGUUGAUUCUGUAAUUUAAAAAAAAAAAAUUUAUGUUUUAAACCUGUACGCCUCCACAUAGUCGGACGCUGGAACUUCACACACUUCUCAUUCAUGUUACCGAGAAAAAAUAUCGGAAACUGUACAUCCGUAAUGAAGAGGUUAAAACAUUACUGUUGUCAUCAUACUUUUUAGCAUACUUUUAAGUAAACAAUAUUUGUAUGUGCAAUGUCAGCACACAUUGGUUGUGAGGUGUAAAGGGAGAUAGUAUGUUUGAACUGUCUCGUGGAAUCUUGGAUUGGAGACAUCUGAUACACAGGGUUGAUUGCACAACACUAAGUUCCUAUGGCGAAGUGUAGUGCAAUACUCUCAGAUUAUUUAUUUAAAAUCGUUGUUUGUAGAGUAUUCAUGUUUUCGUUUUUUUUUUUGUCUGAAUAUAUUACAGUAACUUAAUUUGUUUUAAUUUGUUGUACAACGAUUUCGUGUGAUUACGUUAUACUGCUAUUGUUUUGAGGUUGUAUUACGGUGUAAUGAGUCACUGUCGAGUGUUGUAUUUAGGGAUUGUAUACGGGUUAUUAAUAAAUG